GAGGGAGGACAGAGAGGAGGGCGCUGGGAGCGGAGGCCCCACCUUUCAUUCCAUCGCAGUGCACUGGCGGGGCGGGAUGAGUCAAGGCCGGCUGGUUCAGCUUUACACCUUCCCCUAGGUGAGGGACUCUGAGCUCCCUGGGGGACACACCGAGGCGCCUGCUCCUCCCGCCAGGCCUUGGCAGGGUGCUGGAACCCUGGGUCUGCGGGGUCUGAGGCCACGGCUGGCUUUUCCUGAUGGAUGGGCAGAGCCCUCCUCGCGUGCUGCCACUGCUCCUCGGCUUACAGCUCACAGCUCUUUGCCCUAUAGCAGCUGUGGAAAUUUACACCUCCCGGGCUCUGGAGGCUGUUAAUGGGACAGAUGUCCGGUUAAAAUGCACCUUCUCCAGCUUUGCCCCUGUGGGUGAUGCCCUAACAGUGACUUGGAAUUUCCGUCCUCGAGAUGGGGGACGUGAGCAGUUUGUAUUCUACUACCACGUUGAUCCCUUCAAGCCCAUGAGUGGCCGAUUCAAGGACCGGGUGGUCUGGGAUGGGAACCCUGAGCGGUACGACGCCUCCAUCAUCCUCUGGAACCUGCAGUUUGAUGACAAUGGGACAUAUACCUGCCAGGUGAAGAACCCACCUGAUGUGGAUGGGCUGGUAGGGUCGAUCCGGCUCAGCGUCGUGCACACUGUGCCCUUCUCUGAAAUCUACUUCCUGGCUGUGGCCAUUGGCUCUGCUUCUGCCCUGAUGAUCAUAAUAGUAAUUGUGGUGGUCCUCCUCCAGCACUUCCGAAAAAAACGAUUGGCUGAAAGAGCUGAUAAAGAGGUGGCGAUAAAAUCAAAAGAAGAGGAAAAGCUCAACCAAGAAAACAAGGUCUCUGUUUAUUUAGAAGAUACAGACUAACAUUCCUAGGAAGCUGAAGGUUUCCAACGACAAGAACCCUGGCAUCCCUUGAAGUCAAGGGAAACUUUUGAGUUUUUCAGUAAUGACUGUCAUCCAACAAGUUCUGCAGCGCGUACACACCUAGAUCAGCAAUGUCCCUCCAAAGGCAGCUCAUGGCUCCUGUUGAGCAGAUGCAGCCAGACUCACACUCUCAUGACUAGGUUUUAUUUAAUUUCAGAGUGCAUAUAUGUAUUAGCUCCUGUGAAUUAAGACGUUACAUGUUGCCCUUAAACAUUCCUUAUGGAAUAUGAUUCUUGUGCUCUUAUUCUGGCAUCAAAAGGGAUAAAAGCCAGCCUUUAGGGCAGCUCUGCCACCACCGAAGUUAAUGUUAACUCUCUUUCCCUCCCACACUUUCAGUUAGAGAUGAGCUGAAUUUCCCAGCCAUUUUUGAUCAACAGCAAACCCCAAGUUCACACUGGAAGUCUGAUUUUUAUGACUCAAGUAUUGGACACAUCUUGUUUUUACUGGAUUUCUUUCAGUAUCCUAGGUGAUAGAUUUUUUUUUUGUCAGUUAAUCCAAGGUUUACAUUAAAUAGCACAAUUCUAACCACAGUUAACUACAAAAGGUUAAAAAAAAUGCCAUUAUAUCGGCAAAUGCCACCUCAGGAUGAAUCAUCACUGUUUUUCUGUAUUGUGAAAAAUAAGCAACAGUGUAUGUCUGUAAUGAGUGGAGAAAGCUUAUCUCCUCCCCCACUCAAUUAUCUCUAACAGAGCAAAGUAUAUGCUCAUUUGAGAACUGAAUCAUUAAGCAGUUUAAUAGGAGAUUCUGAACCAACCCUAAGUGAUGACAGUUUUGUACAGUAUUAUACAAAGCUCUAAGAACUUAAAAAGAUCAUUUAACUUCCUCUCCCUUUUUGUUGUGAUUCACCUUAUUUUAAGGAGACUUUGGUAUGGACCAAAGGAAUAUCAAAAUUGAUUAAACUGAAUGAAACCAACUGUAUUUCACACCCUUCCCCCCUUAUUUUGGUAGAUAAAGCAAACUUUUCAAGUGGAUUAUGUAAAGAAUCCUUUUUUAAAGUGGCUAGUUACCUGGUAUGCUGCUCACACUUGUCACAUUUGUUUAAAGGACAGAAAAUAUAUAGAAGUUGGGACCCAA